UGGCGAUGGGGUGCUGCGUGUAGUUCCUCUUGCGACUAUGAGAUUGAAGAUAGGACAAUGUAUGCCUAGAUUUCUUUAGAAAACCCGCCGCCAGUUACUGUCCGCCAUGAGGUUCCGUUCUAAAAUAGUGGACGUCAGCUGUCUGAACCACUUUACUCGAGUCAUAAAUACAAUAAGCAAGCUGACAAAGACAUGUACCCUCAGGCUCACCGUUAACAAUCUGUACUUUAUUCUAACUGACAAGGUAGCCAAUGGAGGAGUCAGUAUGUGGUGUGAGCUUAGCCAGGGCAAUUUCUUUGAUGAAUAUCAAAUGGAAGGUGUUUGCAUGGAGCAGAAUGAAAUCUUCUUGGAGCUGAUACCUGAAAAUCUUUCCCGAGCAUUAAAAACUGCUCAGAAUGCUAAAUCUGUGAAAGUAAAACUGACAAACAAGCAUUGCCCAUGUCUGACAGUGGCUCUAGAGUUGCCUUCUUUAUCAAGUUCAAGUCGAAUUGUUACACAUGACAUUCCUGUAAGUGUUAUUCCACGAAGACUCUGGAAUGAUUUUAAAGAACCAAGCGUUCCUGAGUUUGAUGUAAGCAUUUAUUUGCCUGCUUUAAAAACUAUGAAGAGUGUCGUUGAAAGGAUGAAAAACUUAAGCAAUUAUAUAGUAAUUGAAGCCAAUAGAAAUGGAGAAAUUAACCUGAAGAUAGAAACUGACUUAGUUUCUGUUUCAACUCAUUUCAAAGAUCUGGGAAAUCCUCCUUGGGUUUCAGAUGAUGCCUCUCAAAAUAGCACUCAAGAAAUAGAUAAUAUGGCAGAGGCAAGAAUAGACAUUCGAAAACUUUUGCAGUUCCUUGCAGGACAGCAGGUCAAUCCUACCAAAGCUAUAUGUAAUAUUGUUCAUAAACGGAUGGUUCACUUUAUUUUGCUACAUGAAGAUGUCUCCCUGCAGUACUUCAUCCCAGCCCUUGCUUGAGAAUCCAGUGUGCAGGCUGAAAAAAAAAAAAAUUUUCUUGGGAAUUUACAUCAUCGUGAUUGCAGUCCCAAUAAAAAAAAGUUACAUAAACAACAAUUUGCAAAUAUA